AUGUCCACUUGCCUUUGCUGCACGAGCCUGAAGGAAUGCCCUGCGGCAGUCGAGCUCGACUGCGACACUCUGGCGGAGGACAGCGAGGCGGCGCAGAGCGCCGUGGCCGCAGCCGAGGCGGACCAGGACGACCACUUGGACACGCUGACGGAGCUGCGAGAGGACCACGCGGCCGCCCUGACCCGGAAGGAGGCCGAGUGGGCCGACCGGCUGGCGGACGCGGAGGCGGACUACGCGCAGGCCAGCGUGGUCAACCCCGACAAUUACGACGAGCGCAACAAGUUCCGGACAGACCUCCGCCCUCUGCCCGCCGCCGCGCCCAUAUUCAAAGGCAUGCGCUUGUGCCUGACACAGAAUGUCUUGAAAUCUGUGGGCCGCGCCAACGGACCGACGCUUGUUAAAGUUAUCCAUGCGAAUACGCCGUGGACCGACGUCGCCCACGGGCGCGUGUCCCAUUAUCCUGUGCGGCUGGGGCAUUGUUCCACCAUCCACAAGGUGCAGGGUGACCAGUUCGCGCGCGCAGCGAUAUGGGUGCACACCCCCAGGUGCGAAGGAGCAGCCUGCGCCGCGCUCUCGCGCGUGAGCCGCGCGGGCCAGGCAACCCUGGGGGCCAUGUCCAGCCUCCACGUGGCGGCCCCUGGAGAAGCCCUGGCGCAGCAGUGGGGCAAGUACGAGGACCACCUCGGGCGCCUCUCCGACCUCUUCGCGCUCGUCUCGGUCGUGCCGGUGAUCUUCGCCGUCCGCGCCGCGGGCACCACGAGCCGCGCGGCCCGCUUCGGCCGCGCCGCCGCCAGCCAGGAGGGGACAGAGAAGCCGCCCGAAGACCAGGGACCGAGCGUCUCGCUGGGCGUGCCCAGCGCGGGGCUUCUGCUGGCUUCCGAGGCCCUCAAGCACCGCGCCCUCUUCAUCGGUGCGGGCGCGAAG